CUUUGAUUGACAGCCAGGACGAGCUAUGGCGGAGGAAGCUGCGGCGGGGAGCAGGGAAGGCGAAACUUAGCCAGGGAAAGGAGCAGCAGAGGCAAGAGGAACCUACAGCAUGGAACAAACAGCAGCGUCGCCGCCGCCGCCGCCGGCCAUCAUCACCAUCUCCUCCUGCUAGAAGCUUGUUGCCUGCUGCUUUCGCACUCCUUUUCUUCCUCACUUUUUCUCCCGCUCCCCCCGCCUUUUCCAUUGCUGGGAGCAGGCAAGCCAGAGGGUGGGGGCAAGGCUGCGUGGAUUGUUUUUCUCCCCCCCCCCUCCGAGUUGAGCAAAGGAGCACACGGGCGCUCAGGGAAAUGCAUCUCCUGCACCCCGGGAAAAUUGCCGCGGCAGGAGCAGCAAAAGCCCAGUGCAGCAAAUAUGGCUGCUGGGGCUCCUGAAAGGAGACGCUUGGAGGAGGUGAAGCCUCCCCCUCUUCCACCCUCACCCCGCUCUUUUGUGUAAACGCCCCCCGCCCCGAAAUCCCUCAAAACAAGUCUAGGUGGGAGAGAAGUUGCUCUGAGCUUUACUUUCCGGAGUGAGAUGAAGCGGGGGGCAGUCCUUUGCCCAAAAGGGAGCCAAUUCCGAGCUUGCCACCGAAAGUAGCCGUUGCGGAUUCUUUUGGUUUGGGCCGGGAAGAAGAGGGACGGGAAAGGAGAAGAAGAGAGGAGACAUUUGGGGUGGGGGGGGGGCGGGAGCGGAAAGGGAGAUAUAUCAACGGUUAGGAAAAGCGGAAAUCUCAUCAGCGCCCCCCCCCGCCUCCUAUAUUAUUUGGCAUUGGAGAAGUAGUCUUGAGAGCUACCUGUUUGAUUUGGAGUUUGGGGAUCAGUGGGAGGGCCGGGCACAAUCGGCACAAGAGCAACAGUUCUUUUCUGCACAACUUUGCCCUCUCGGUGUGUAGAAGGAAGGCAGUCUCCCUGCCUCCCUCUCUUUUCUCUGUAAUUCUUGCAUCCUGGAGUGCUGAUAGGAAGGAAAGAGAAAUGUAGCACCUCUUUCCGUGCGUGGUGGUGGUGGGUUUUUUGUUUUUUUUAAGCGACAGAAAAGUGUUAGGUCCCCCCGCCCCCCAUUGUCUGUGAGGAGGAGGAGGAGGCGAGCUGGGAAGAAAAGUUGUUUAGCUGCCUUUGAUUGCAGGGGGUGGGCGGGGCCUGUUGUGCGGGAAGGAAGGAGGAAGGCAGGCAGAGGAAGGCGGGGAGAAGGGAAAUACACAAAGCAUCUUCUCUUCGCAACUCUGUCUCUUUUGCGCGCCUGGCUGUUCUUCCUCUGCGGAGGCAAGGAGUUGAGUUACUUUCGGAGGCUCAAGUGUUGUCGGCUGCCAUGGAGCCCAAGCACAAAGAGCUGCUGGCCCAGUGUCACCAGAGCCUGGCCCAGGCUAUGACGGAGGUGGACAAGGUGAUCGACCUGCUGGAGGCUGCGGGGACCCUGAGCCCUCGCGACUUGCAAGAGCUGCAGGAAGCCGGAAUGACGGCGGGAGGAGUAGAAGGAGGGGAUGCAGGAGGACGGGAGAGAGUCUCUGCCCGUGUGUGCAAGGCCGAUCUGCUCAUCAAGCUGCUCUUGGCCAAGGAUCGGGAUCAUUUCCAGGACCUGCGUGUGGCCCUGGAGAAGACGCAGCCUCACCUGCUCUCCAUCCUCUACUUGAACAACGGAGUGGCUGGCGCGCAGCCUGGCGAGACGGCUGGGUCAACUUACAGUGUAUUGUCCAUAAUGCCAUCAGAUUCUGAAAGCAGCAGUUCCCUUAGCAGUACCGGUACAACAGGCAAAGCAUCAUCGCCACCGCCUGCAGUUACAGAUGUGAGGCAGAUGAAUGAAAAAUUGGAGACCAUUUUGUUUCAGCUUCGCCAGGUUACUCGUGAGCGAGAUGAGUUGCGGAAACGCCUUGCACUGUCCUCUCCUGGGUCAACUUUUGAUGACUGCAGGCCUAGCCCCAAACCAAACCACGAUUAUGAAAGGUUGAAGAUACAGUGUAUGAAGGCAAUGUCAGACCUACAGUCUCUGCAGAACCAGCACACCAAGACACUAAAAAGAUGUGAAGAAGCUGCUAAGGAGGCUGACUUCUAUCAUACAUUACACAGUCGUCUGCUGAGUGACCAGUCACAGCUGAAGGAGGACAUGGACACCUUGAAGCGGAAGAAUAGCCAGUUGGUACGAGAGCACAAUCACCUCCAGCAGUCGUGUGAGGAAAUGAAGAGACUUCACGAUGAGGAUCAGAAAGAGAUAACAGAUCUACGCAAUCAGCAGCAGCAGGUUAUGAAGCAGAAUGGAUCAUCAGAGAUCCUAAAUAAGCUCUAUGAUACAGCGAUGGACAAGCUAGAGGGCGUGAAGAAGGAUUAUGAUGCACUAAGGAAGCGAUACAAUGAGAAGAUAGCGAGCCAUAAUACUGAUCUGAGCCGGUUAGAACAGACAGAAGAGGAGAACAGGCGCCUCCAGAAACAGACUGACAUGCUGAUGAAGCAGCGGGACGCAGCAGUGCACUUCCAGCAGCAGUACACUUCCUCUCUGAGAAGGUUUGAGACAGUGCAGCAAGAACUGAGCAAAGCUACUGCCCAAAACAAGGAGCUGCAGAGAGAGAUGGAACGGUUACAGUCAGAGGUGACGAGGUUUAAAACGAUGCAGCUGAAGGCGGUGAAGGAUGCAGAGAAGUAUAAGGAAGAGAGGGACUCUGUAUUCAGUGAGUACCGUCUCAUCAUGAGCGAGAGGGACCAAGUCAUCAAAGAAGUGGAUAAGCUUCAAACAGAGUUGGAGCUUGCGGAAUCCAAAUUGAAAAACACAUCCUCAGAGAAGAGAGUGGCUAGUGAAGAAAUGGAAGCUUUAAGACAGGAGCUGAACUCUGCUCUAGUGGAACGAGAUCGUGCAAUCUGCGAAAGGAACGAGCUCUUGGAAAAGUACUGCCAUGAAGUGAAAGACAAGGCUGAGGCCCAGAAGGAACUAGAUCAAGCAUGCAAGGAUAUUGAGACAGUGAAGGAAGAGAGAGAUGUGGCCAGAAAGGAAAGAACAGAAGCCAUCAUCCAGAGGGACCAUCUGCUGAGAGAAUACUAUCAAGCUCGCCAGAUACAAGAUUCGGCUACACUGGAUAUAGAAAGAGCUAACAAAGAAAUUGAAAUGCUCAGGAAGCAAUAUGAGGCAAUGUCGCAGGAGUUAAAAGAAGCUGUCCAGGAAGCAGAAGUAGCAAAAUGCAGAAGAGACUGGGCCUUCCAGGAACGCGACAAGAUCGUGGCAGAAAGAGAGAGCAUACGGACUCUGUGUGACAACCUGAGGAGGGAACGGGACAGAGCAGUGAGUGACCUGGCUGAGGCUCUUCGCAAUCUGGAUGAUAUGAGGAAGCAAAAGAACGAUGCUGUGCGUGAAUUGAAAGAACUGAAAGAGAAGAUGGAGAAUCAGUUGGAAAAGGAAGCAAGGUUUCGGCAAUUGAUGGCCCACAACUCUCAUGAUUCAGCCAUUGAUACGGAUUCUCUGGAAUGGGAAACAGAAGUUGUUGAGUUUGAGAAAGACAGGGAAGAUAUGGAUUUGAAAGCCCUUGGUUUCGAUGUGGCUGAAGGUGUGAAUGAACCCUAUCUUCCUGGAGACUGUGGAAUAUUUGUUACCAAAGUGGAUAAAGGAAGUAUUGCAGAUGGUCGAUUAAGAGUGAAUGAUUGGCUGCUGAAGAUAAAUGAUGUGGACCUUACUAACAAGGACAGAAAGCAAGUAAUAAAGGCGGUACUUAAUGGUGGAGGAAUUAUUAAUAUGGUUGUUCGCAGAAGGAAGUCCUUAGGAGGGAAGGUGAUAACACCUCUGCACAUCAAUCUUUCUGGCCACAAAGAUAGUGGAAUUUGUCUAGAAAAUGGAGUAUUUGUUGCUACUGUAGUGCCUGGUAGCCCAGCUGCCAAAGAGGGAUCCCUCGCAGUGGGAGACAGGAUAAUUGCCAUAAAUGGCAUUGCACUAGAUAAUAAAUCAUUGACUGAAUGUGAAACUUUGCUGCGAAACUGCAGGGAGUCGCUUACACUUUCAUUAAUGAAGGUUUUUCCUCAGAGUUCAAGCUCAUCCUGGAGUGGUCAGAACAUAUUUGAAAACCUCAAGGAUUCAGAGAAACUAUCAAACUGUAGGGUUCAUACAUCCGAGGUACAGGUUCAGAAUAAAAGAAAUUUAAAACACAACAGCUCAACGCAAACAGACAUUUUUAAUCCAGACAUAAUGGAUGUCAAGAAGGACCAGAGUGAACCAGAGAAUGGUUUGUAUUGCGAUCUCAAACCCUUCCCCAACAGCGUUUUACACACACACUCUCAUCGGAGCACAGUCCAUGGAUGCCACAGUAACUCAGAACACAGCCUUGGCUCCUUUAGUCCAGAUGUGUAUGGGGAGCCAAACUAUGGAAUUGUUAACCUGGACAGCCGGCGACUGCCAUUUGAGCCCACAGUUGCAGACUGCAUGAUGGUUGAGAGCACAUUAGAAAAAGGAUAUGGUGGGAGAAACAGUGGCGGCACUUGGCCUAAAGUCAUGGUCAACAUUGCAACAGUAGAAACAGAAAAGUUCUCUGUGUACAAAAAGCCAAAACAAAGGAAGUCCAUCUUUGACCCUGACACUUUCAAAAGACCUCUGACACCUCCCAAAAUGGACUAUCUGUCUUCCAAUCAGAUGCUGGGACAUUCACCUCAGCCUUCCAAAAUGGAAGCCAUUUCUACCCCUCCCACACCUCCUAAGAGAAGUGAUUCUAUUAAGUUUAAACACAAACAGCAGGCAAGUUCUACAUCAGACUCAACCGUCACGACUGGCUCACCGCCUACUAGUCCUGCUACAGUCCAGCCUCUUGGGUCCAUCGAACUCAAGCCAGACUGCGGUGUUCACAAGGGGCGAAGCAGACCCUCUGGACAUUAUUACAGGGAAGAGGGUGUUGACUCUACACAUUUGCUUUCAAGGAAAUCCUGUGAAGAAGACAUUGGCUUCCAAAGAGUAGAAGAGCCUGAGAUUAAACGACCAAGGCCUAAAUCUGCUCCUGCCUUGAGACAUAAACUAACCCCUGUGCCCAUUCCCAAUCCAUCUCAUCAGGUCCAAAAAUAUACUCCAGCAAGUGAAGAGCAUCUUUCUCCUGAGCUACAGGAGUGGCCAGCAUAUUCACCAAAACGAUCCAGUAGACACAGCGAUGGGUUUGUGCCUACAUCUUUAUAUGCUGGAAGCUUGUCAGCAGGUACUGUACCAAGAAACAUUGCACCAUGUCCUGCAGUAACAACUGUUAUGCGAAAUCCCAUUUACACUGCUUGGAGCCAUAGAGUUAGCACCACCAACUGUCCAUCUGUUGCCAGCCAGUUUUGUCAUCAGCAUCUGCAUCCUAGUGCUCAGCACCAAGGCCGCCUGAGUUUGGAUCUGAGUCACAAACACUCCAGUGAGUGUCCUGAAAACUCACGCACAAGAUCUUCACAUGGUUCAAACUCACUGCCUUCUAGUGCAAGACUCGUAGGUUCUUCUAGCAACUUGCAGUAUAGAACAGAACGAAUAAAAAUCCCUUUGACACCAAGAUACCCGCGGUCUAUCAUUGGCUCUGACAGGGGUUCAUUGUCGCAUUCCGAAUGUAGCAGUCCAAGCCUGAUAACUCCUCCACAGUCACCACUUAACCUUGAGACCUCAUCCUUUGCUAGUAGCCAGUCGCAAAAUUCUCUUUCUACACUGCCCAGGAUCUCCGUGAGUCCAGUAUCAAUAGGACAACGUCGAAAAGACAAAUAUUUGUUCCGUAAUAGGUCUUUUCUGAGAAUCCCUGUGGCUCCUAGGCCAAGGUUCUGUUCACUAAGGAGUUUGAGGCCAUAUAUGGAAGAACCACGCCAUGUCAAAGUACAGAAGGGCUCUGAGCCACUUGGGAUCUCCAUUGUGUGUUGUGAAAACGGUGGCAUCUUUGUUUCGAAAGUGACUGGUGGCAGCAUCGCCCAUCAGGCUGGCCUUGAAUAUGGUGACCAGUUGUUAGAGUUUAAUGGGAUAAACCUGCGGAAUGCUACAGAGCAGCAAGCUCGGCUGAUCAUUGGACAGCAAUGUGACACCAUAACAAUUCUGGCACAGUACAACCCACACAUGUUCCAACUCGGGAAUCACUCACGAUCAAGCUCCCGGCUAGAACCUGUGAGCAGCCAUUCCACCCCACAAGGCAGCGGAGCUGCAACCCCCGACAGUCAUUCCGUCAUUGACACUGUGAGCGAACAAGAUGAAGGGACCAUGACACCCCCAUCCAAGCAGACCACCCCAACCACCAGCCCCCGCAAUUCCAUGAGGAACUCUGUGGACACAAGUAAGAGGACACCUGAACCUAGAACUAUUGUUGUUAAGAAGUCCCAAGUGGAACUUGGAAUCCAAAUCUGUGGUGGAAACCUGUAUGGAAUAUUUGUGUCUGAUAUAGAAGAGGACAGCCCUGCCAAAGGACCUGAUGGACUGGUGCUAGGAGACGUGCUACUUGAGUAUGGCUCUGUUGACUUGCGGAAUAAAACUGCUGAGGAAGCUUACCUUGAAAUGCUCAAGCCAGGUGAAAAUGUCAAAAUAAAAGCUCAGUACAGAUCAGAAGAGUUCUGCAAGAUCAAAGACUUACCUGGAGAUGGGUUCUAUGUCAGGGCACUUUAUGAUCGGCUGGCAGAAGUAGAACAAGACUUGAGCUUUAAGAAAGACGACAUUCUGUAUGUUGACGACACUCUGCCCCAGGGAAACUUUGGUUGUUGGAUGGCAUGGCAGUUGGAUGAGAAUGCCCAGAAGCUGGAAAGAGGACAGAUUCCCAGCAAAUACAUGAUGGAGCAGGAAUUCUACAGGAGACACAGCAUGUCUGAGGCAAAAGAUGAGAACAGCUCCACAAAGACAUCAUCGGCAGCAGCUCGAAGAUCAUUUUUCAGGAGGAAACAUAAACACAAACGCAGUGGUUCCAAAGAUGGAAAGGAUUUGCUGGCCCUUGAUACCAUCUCCACAGAUUCCAUUCCUUUCUUGGAUGAUACUGUAAGUUUGGCUUAUCAACGAGUCCAGAAAGUGGACUGCACAUCUCCUAGGCCGGUGCUUAUUCUAGGGCCUUUACUUGAUGCUGUGAAGGAUAUGUUAGUUAAGGAAUCUCCAGGAAAAUUUUGUAGAUGCCCUCUUGAGGUGAUGAAAGCUUCUCAACAAGCCAUUGAACGGGGUGUGAAAGACUGUCUAUUCAUAGAUUAUAAACGUAGGAGUGGACAUUUUGACGUGACAACUGUUGCCUCAAUAAAGGAGAUAACAGAGAAGGAUUGUCACUGUCUCUUGGAUAUUGCUCCUCAUGCCAUUGAACGGCUCCACAGCAUUCAUAUCUAUCCAAUUGUCAUCUUCAUGCGUUACAAAAAUGCCAAGCAAAUCAAAGAGCAAAAGGACCCCAUCUUCCUGAGGGACAAAGUUACCCAGAAACAUUCCAAAGAACAAUUUGAGACUGCUCAAAAAAUAGACCAGGACUAUAGCAAGUACUUCACAGGCAUUGUCCAAGGCGGCCCUCUUUCAACUAUUUGCACUCAGAUCAUGACAACUGUUGAUCAAGAACAAAACAAAGUCCUGUGGAUUCCAGCUGGCUCUCUAUAGAGAUAUGCUGUGAAAUGACUGAAACUCUGCAGCAGAUUGUAAAUAAACUGUUGAUAGGGGGGCUUUUGGGUCCAUAUACAGCUGCCUGUACGUCAGAUACAAAUGAGAAGUUCGACAUGAGCAACAUUAUCUGUGAGAUGUGCUUAGAAGGCACUCAUCUUGCUGGCAGAAGUCUCAAGUUUGUUUCUAUAGAAAUGGACUAACACAGAAUGUCCUUUUUCAUAAGAAGUCUUUAUAAUGCUGCAAAAAAGAAAAGAAACCCUUUAGGAUACGUUUACAGAAUCUAUUCCCCCCACCCCCCCAAGUAUUUGGUGGUUCGUGUUUACUUGAAUAUUUUUUACAAGCAAUCUGUGUGUGUUUUUCCUUCUUCCUCCUCUGCUUCUGAUAUUAAAAAAAAACACAAUGGAGUAGACUUUCUACAUGCUGAGUGAGAAUAAUUUUUACAUGAAAUGUGGUUCUGCUCUUUAGUAACGGUUUUACUUUGGAAUAAUCGCAUGAAUUGUGAAUGGGUUUCCCCUAUAGGUACAUGUUUUGGGAGUAAAUUCAGGGGGAAGAAGCACUCCAAUAUAUGGGUCAGGCCACUGUUUGUAUUUCAUAAACUCUCUUUGUCUUUUAAAAGUUAUUGGCUUCCUUUAUGCAUGGAUCUAAUAUUUAAAUGUCAUAAUAUAUCUGAUCAGUUUGUGCUCAUUGUAUAUUCAAAAAUAAUAAUUUUGGGUUCCUGGGCCUGCCUUAAGCAGUAAAUCAGAAGGGUUAAUAGCUGGGCCUAGACUGCUUUAUUGUAUUAGUUAUGUAGAUAGUCUAUGUAAUUGGAAGCUUACAUUGCUAAGCUUUGGUGUGUAGUAGCCAUAGGGAUUUUUAUUUAAUUAGAAGCACAGUCUCUGUUCUAGGAAUUUGACAACCUCUAGUAUGUUCCUAUGACUGUUAGUUUUGCCACUGUCAACAAGCAUAGUGUGCAUUUUUAAUGUUUUUUGUUACAAUUCUUAUUUCCUGACUGUACCAAAUUCCAUUGUAUGUUUCUUUUUGCACUUCUGACUUUGUUUUCCAACAGUGUGUGUGUGUGUGUUUGUUUUCUUUGUGUUUUUUUUAAUGCAUGUCAUGUUUUGUAGGUACUGUAACUUUAUUGUUCACGUAAGUAGGGCUGCAUUGUGGUGAUCGUUCCUAACAUUUCAUUAUAUAGAUAUAAUUUUUUCUUCUGUUUUUACCCUUCAAUUUUUAGUUUUGCUUUUUAUUUGCAUUAAUUAAAAAAGGGAUUCUUCUUGCACAGUUGUUCAAAGACAAAUUUUGGUUGGAAAUUUUAAUCUCUGUUUUGCAGAUACUAUUUUAAUAGUUCAAAAUACAGGAGAGAGAAGAGAGGAAAAAAAUGUAGAAAAGCCUAUUGAUAAAUUCUUAGUUGAAAUACUGUUGAUGGACAGCAGUUAUAUAUUUUUUUAAAGAAGGAGGCCAGAGUUGGACUUCAGCGGUACGAUUGAAACAGACUAGUACUGUUGCAACAUGGAUUUUCUGAACUAAAAAUGUCACUUUGUAUCAAAACAAAAAGUUAAAGAAACUGAGUAUUGUGUUAAAUAAAGGUCAAUUUCUAUAAUUUGA